UGCGUGCACUUCCUGAGCCAGACUUAUGUAGUUAACAUGGUGGUUACAAGCAGAAGCUAAGAGACGAAGAAAAACGUCUAUGCAGCUCACUUGCAGGAUAAAAUGCGGUUCCGAUUUUGUGGUGAUUUGGACUGCCCUGACUGGGUCUUAGCUGAAAUCAGCACUUUAGCACGAAUAUCAAGCGUCAAGAUGAAACUUCUGUGUGUGCAAGUGAUAAAAGACAUCCUCGAAGAAGGCAUUGAUUAUGACAAGGUAGCAAAACUAACAUCUGAUGCAAAAUUUGAAAGUGGAGAUAUUAAAGCCAGUGUCGCUGUGCUGAGUUUUAUCCUCUCCAAUGCAGCAAAGCAUGAUGUUGAUGGUGAAUCUCUGUCCAGUGAACUUCAGCAACUUGGCUUGCCUAAAGAGCACACAACAGGACUGUGUAAAUCAUAUGAAGACAAACACACUGCCCUGCAGGAGAAGUUAAAGGGGAGCAGUCUACGCUUGGGGUGUCUUGAAGCAGUGAACUGGAGGGUGGACUACACACUGAGCUCCAGCGAACUGAAGGAGGUGAAUGAGCCCACAGUACAGCUAAAGCUCCAGGCUCAGGACCCAGAGUCUGGUUCCACUGAGACCACUGUAGUUUCUGUCACUGCAGACAAGUUCAGAGUGCUCUUAACCGAACUUAAACAAGCACAAGCUAUGAUGAAUGCACUGCAGUGAACCCAUCUUGUAUAAUUCCAUUACACUUACAGAAUCUCCAUGAACUGUAAAUAACUUACUCACUCACAUAUUGGCCUGUUGGAUGUCACACAUUUGGGUUUUCAGCUCCAGUGGAAUUUAUAGGACUAUUUUGUAAAACAUGGUGGAGUAAUUCUCUAUUAUAAGGUGCAUCAGUUAUAUAGAUUUAUGAACAACAAGCAGUUUAAGAUCUUUUUUUUUAAAUAGAUGUAAAGCAAAUUAAUAACACAGUGAUUCUUCAACUUAGAACUGAAUUACAAGUAUUACUUGGGCCAUUAUUUUCAAUUGUUUUUUUUGUUGUUGUUGUUUGUUGUUUUUUUUAACUUAAUGUUUGUAUUUUUAGAUGAAUGUUUCUGAAAUAAAUCAUUUGACAAUA